GACCAGUUAGUUUGAAAACCAGUAGGGCUACAACACCCUAAUGCACCAUUAAUGUUGGAUGCCAACCGUCGUUCAACAACAAGGAAGAAAGAGGAACGUUUACCUUAACAACAAGCAACGUUCAACGCUUGACUAAGUGGUACGUGACACAAGACUCCAAACACGAAUCAGAAAGUUAGCCAACACAAUGAGGCUAGUCAUUCUGGACGACUAUAACCUGGCCAGCGAGUGGGCAGCAAAAUACAUCUGCAACAGAAUCGUCCAAUUUAAGCCCUCCGCUGAGAGAUACUUCACUCUGGGCUUGCCUACAGGCAGUACUCCAUAUGGCUGUUACCAAAAGUUAAUUGAAUUCUACAGAAGUGGAGAUAUUUCCUUCAAGUAUGUGAAAACAUUCAACAUGGAUGAAUAUGUAGGUCUACCUCGUGCUCAUCCAGAGAGCUAUCACUCCUACAUGUGGAACAACUUCUUCAAGCACAUUGACAUAGAUCCAGCCAACGCUCACAUCCUGGAUGGAAACACAGAGGACCUAGAGGCGGAGUGUCAGGCCUACGAGCAGAAGGUUGCAGAGGCAGGAGGAAUAGAAUUGUUCGUUGGAGGUAUUGGCCCUGACGGUCACAUAGCUUUCAAUGAGCCGGGAUCCAGCCUUGUUUCCAGGACCAGAGUGAAAACCCUGGCUAAGGACACCAUUGUGGCAAAUGCUCGUUUCUUUGGCAAUGACCUCUCCAAGGUUCCCACCAUGGCUCUGACUGUGGGUGUUGGAACUGUCAUGGACGCCAAGGAGGUGAUGAUUCUGAUCACAGGAGCACAUAAAGCCUUUGCCCUGUAUAAAGCCAUAGAGGAGGGGGUGAACCACAUGUGGACUGUAUCAGCCUUCCAGCAGCACCCACGCACCAUCUUUGUCUGUGAUGAAGACGCCACCCUGGAGCUACGAGUCAAAACAGUCAAAUACUUCAAAGGACCUUCAGGACGCCUCCAGGGCUCAGAGGCAAGCAGGAAAGACUGGCUGACUCCUCCCAUCCCGGUCACAAACUGUUUCAGACUCUCCCCUCUGGCAGGAGGCUGCGGUCCAUCAGGACCAAAACAUCUCACCACAAAAACAGCUUCUACCCAUCUGCAGCUAGCCUCAUUAACAAGGCCCAGGUCCCCCACUGACACUCCCCCCUUUUAAAUAACGGAAAUGUCUCUGCACAUCUAAAUUUUACUUCAUUUCAUAUUGUGCACAAACUGUUGUUCUAUAUUUUAAUAUUUUGUCAAUUUAUAUAUUCUCUUCCGCUGCACCAUGUCUGCACAACACAAAAUGGAGUAAUGCACAUGUAAAUAUCUGCCACAUUGUUCCUUCUCUGCAAGUAGUUUUUCUCUAUUCUUUUUAUUAUUCCUUUGUAACUUCCAUUUGUUAAUUCCAUAUUUAUAUAUUUCUACAUUUAUUUAUGUCAACUGUAUGUUUGUCUGCGUGUAGCACCUUAUCACCAAAGCAAAUUCCUCGUAUGUGUAAAACACUACUUGGCAGUAAAGCUCCUUCUGAUUCUGAUAUUAAAAUUAAAAGGCAAACUUCUUCCCUUGUUGAUCAAGUAUUAAAAUGUCAGCUACUUUUUUGAGUUU